ACCGUGGCAGACCAUAAGCAACCUCACCCUUAAACCACCAACAGCACACCACUUUGUCACCGGUGCUUUGGGUUUAAGUGGAUCUACAACUAUUCGACCAACCCAAAAAAUAACUGAAAAACCAGGACAUCUAGAUUAAAAAGACAAAAACAACGACUCACUAAAAAACAUGGGGAAAGUAACGAUUUGCUUUUUGACCAUUUGGAUAACUUUGGGAAACAUCCAUGCAACUUUUUCUUCAGACCUUGAACUCACCACCAACUCGACUGUUUCUGCCACAGUAAACAGCACAGUCACCGAUACGCCUCGGCCAACCACUGAAUGGAUGACGGAUUUCUCUGACAUCGUGUCCAAGUUCUCCCUGCGCACCGCCGAGCUCCCAGAUGACGACAUGUGCUACAUGGUGGCCGGCAGACCAGAGACCAUCAAAGAGUGUGAAUUCAAUGCAGAAACUCAGACCUUCGUUGUGAUACAUGGCUGGACGGUAACGGGAAUGUUUGAGAGCUGGGUGCCCAAGCUGGUUUCCGCCCUGUAUGAGCGCGAGCCGACCGCUAAUGUGAUCGUGGUGGACUGGCUGACCCGUGCCAACCAGCACUACCCAACCUCUGCAGCCUACACCAAGCUGGUUGGGCGUGACGUGGCCAAGUUUGUUACAUGGCUUCAGAAAGAGCUGCAGUUGCCCUGGGAGAGGAUUCAUCUGCUGGGAUACAGCCUGGGAGCACAUGUGGCCGGCAUUGCAGGAGACCUCACUGACCACAAGAUCAGCAGGAUCACAGGUCUGGAUCCUGCUGGUCCCACAUUUGAGCACGCAGACGAGCAGAGCACUCUGUCCCGAGGCGAUGCCCAGUUUGUUGACGUCCUGCACACCAACACAAGGGGCUCACCAGACCGCAGCAUUGGCAUCCAGAGGCCCGUGGGUCAUAUUGAUAUUUACCCCAACGGAGGAACCUUCCAGCCCGGUUGCGACAUCCAGAAUACCUUGCUGGGGAUUGCAUCAGAAGGAAUUAAGGGCCUCCAAAACAUGGAUCAGCUUAUCAAAUGCUCCCAUGAGCGCUCCAUCCACUUGUUCAUCGACUCCCUGCUCAACACGCAGCAGCAGAGCAUGGCCUACCGCUGCAACUCCAAGGACACCUUCAACAAGGGGAUGUGCCUCAGCUGCAGGAAGAACCGCUGCAACAAGCUGGGCUACAACAUCAACAAGGUUCGCACGGCCCGCAGUGCCAGGAUGUACCUCAAGACUCGCGAUAUGAUGCCUUACAAAGUUUUCCAUUACCAAGUGAAGGCGCACUUCUUCAGCAAGGACAAUCAGAGCUUCACCGAGCAGCCAAUAAAGAUUUCCCUGUAUGGAACCCAUGGAGAGAAGGAGGACAUCCCUAUUGUUCUGCCCAUCCUGGAUAGCAACAAAACCUUCUCCUUCCUGAUCACCACCGACGUGGACAUCGGUGACCUGAUGAUUGUCAAGAUUCGCUGGGAGAAGGACGCACUCUUCAGCUGGUCCGACUUUUGGGGCAGCAGCAACUUUCACCUCCGCAAGCUCCGCAUCAAGUGUGGAGAGACUCAGUCCAAGGUGAUCUUCAAUGCAAAGGAAGGAGAGUUUGCUUACCUUGUCAGGGGAGGGGAAAAUGCAGUCUUUGUCAAGUCCAAAGAAGACAAAGUGAGCCGUAAAGAAAGACAGAUGCACAGACUCAAGACACAGGGCAGCCUUUUCAGUGAGAAUGACGCUUGAAGGAAACUUGAAGUUACUCACCAGACGCAUCAUCCAUCUCUACUUGCAUAGCCAAAGAUGGACAGCACACAGAGACACACUGGGGAAUCCUUUUUUUUUUGUUUUUCAGAAACCUGGACACUUUACUGAAUGUCCCUUUCUUCCUGUUUCCCCCCCCCUGAGCUCCCAAUUAAACCAACCCAACCUCAUCCACAGUCUAUGAAAGCAGUAUUCUCCUGAAUCCCUGCGUCUACUUUCAAUUUCUCCUGCUUCAAGAAUGUUGCUGGUUUCAUUUUUGAUGAUGUGCUCAAUGUUUUUUUAAAACAACUGUCCACUUUAAGCAGCGUCCGCUGCUUUGUAAUCAUUGUUACUGCUCGUGUAUCCUGUAUGUACUGUUUUUAUCGACUUUGUUGUAUUUCAGAAGCCUGAAAUUAUGCGUUUCCUUUGCCUAUGUGACCUUGAAUUAUUGGUAAUAUGUAAAUGAUUCAUAGCGAUAAGGCAUAAUCACGGCACAUUUCUGUGUUUUUGUUUUCUAAUCAUUAUGAGUCCACCGUAUUUUUUUUUUAAAGCCACUGAUUACCAACAAUCAACAGGGACCAAAGAAACUUUUCCUAUCUACUGAAGUCGAUCACAGCGUUCCUUGUAAAUACUGUAAUCAGCAUCAGAAAUUCUUUCUUUUUCAACAUGAGCCACGUGUUAACACCUAACCUCUUGAAGUCUUGUUUGUUCUUUGAUUGUGCUGGUUUUUGUGUCACUUAUCACCAUUUAGAUUUGAAGACUGGUCAGAUUGCAGUCUUACUAGGGAUUUGCAUUCUUCCAUUUUGUUAUUAUUUUUUUAAUCAUAGUGAAUCACAGCCCACAAUUAAUCAUCCAGAAAACGAGUCCCGUCUCACAGCAUACCUCAGUUCGGACCACAAAUUGAUCUUAAAAGAAAAUCACCAAGCAAGCCUUUGAAAUAUAUGAUGGACCGGCUAAAAUAAGGUCCACCACACAUCUCGAGAAGAAGACUUCGUACUGUAUUUAUUGAUUGUACAUUUAUAUAUUUGUAUAUGGAGCUGUAAUAUAUGUUGGCAGGCUUGCAUUGCUGUUUGUAUUUCCAUAAAUGAAGUAUUUUUAAAUGUUUAAGGCUUUUGAAGCAAUGAUUAGAUUGAGCUCAAUGCCAGCCUUGGGGUGCAUUGACUCUUUUUUAAUGAACUGGAAUCCGGUGCACUGUUUAAGAGAAAGAGGCCAGGAAUGGUUUAAUAAAGAGCUACACCCCACA